UAUGUGUGUAUAUAUUUACCGAAUACAUUGAACGAUCAGCUGUGUGCUUGAUUUGGUCUUGUCUUCCUUUCGUGUUAUCUUGCUAGUGCAUUAUCAGGCAAGUAACGAAGAAAUAAUGUAAAUCCUGUGCGCACAUCAAAGUUGUGAUACUUUAUUCGCAAGUCCAAUUAUCAUCAUGUUUUGUCGAGCUGCGCUUCGUGUAUGUCCGACUUGGCUUGAAAACACAUUCACGUCUUUAUAUUUCAGGGCAAGGAGCAUUUCUUCUAACGGAUUUCGUGGAAGUCACAGCCAGAGCUCGACGGUACUUCAGUCCAACAUGAAAGUUCAAAUAUUGCCAGCACUUGAAGAUAAUUAUAUGUAUUUGAUCAUUGAUGAAGCUACAAAGGAAGCUGCCAUCGUAGAUCCUGUUAGUCCAGAAUAUGUGGUUAGGGUUGUUCAAGAAAAUGACGUUAAACUAACACACGUUCUAACUACUCAUCAUCACUGGGAUCACGCUGGUGGAAAUGCCAAGUUGUUGGCAAGUUUCCCCGAUCUUCCCGUCUAUGGUGGAGACGAUAGAGUGCAAGCCAUCUCUCGCAAAAUUACGCACAAUGAUACCUUUAAUAUCGGCAACUUGUCGGUUAAGUGUCUUGCGACACCUUGUCACACAAAGGGACAUAUUUGUUAUUAUGUUACCGGAGGAGAAGACACUCCAGCUGUGUUUACAGGAGACACGCUUUUCGCCGGUGGCUGCGGAAGAUUUUUUGAAGGUACCGCACAGCAAAUGUACAAGGCGCUUAUCGAGGUUCUAGGUUCUUUACCAGAGGACACGAAAGUAUAUUGCGGACAUGAGUACACAGUCAACAAUCUCAAGUUUGGUUUACACGUGGAACCCGAGAAUGAGGCAAUUAAAAACAAAUUGAGUUGGGCGGACGGUCAACUCAUCAGUAAUCUUCCAACUAUACCUAGCACCAUUAAAGACGAAAAGCUGACAAAUCCGUUUAUGAGAGUGCACGAGCCAUCCGUUAUGAAACACGCACAGCAAACUGAUCCUAUUCAGACAAUGUCGUAUCUGAGACGCGAAAAAGACAACUUCAAUCCUUCGCGCUCGAAAUAAUCAUCUAGCGUUUUAUUAAUAUUCUCCACAUUUCUAUUUAGCAGUAGAACGAGACGUACAGCGGUUAUCACGAACGAACGCGCGUGUAAGUUGCCGAUAUCGCAGAAAAAUUGAACAGCUGAAUCUUUUGACAAUAUUUUGUUCUUUCCACUCAAGCAUUUAUAUUCAAUCACUAAUAUAAGGUUCAAUGGGAAUAAAAAAAAAAAAAAGGAUA